AUGGAGGAAGUACAUGAAAGAGGUGCCUUCAUUGUCAUCGAAGGCCUCGACAGAUCUGGAAAGAGCACGCAGGUCGCCUUGCUUCACGAACAACUGCAGGCAGCUGGUAUCUCCACAAAAAUCCAAAGGUUUCCUGAUCGCACAACGCCAAUCGGAAAGAUGAUAGAUUCAUAUUUGCGCUCGCAGUCUGAUCUCGACGAUCAUGCCAUCCAUCUCCUUUUCUCCGCAAACCGUUGGGAACUUGUGACAGCACUGAAGGAAACCUUAAACGCAGGGACUACAGUCCUUUGUGACAGAUACGCUUUCUCUGGCAUCGCGUUCUCCGCAUCCAAAGACCUUCCUUAUGAUUGGUGUCGCGCGGCCGACAUCUCCCUUCCCGCACCUGAUCUAACACUUUUCCUGGAUAUCUCACCCGAGAAGGCGAAGGAGCGCGGAAGAUAUGGUGAGGAGAGGUAUGAGAACGAGGAGAUGCAACGAUCAGUGCGAGAUGUGUUUCGGCGCAUGGGAGAGGAGAUGCAACAGCCCGCAAAUGAGCAAGACCAAGGCAAAUGGAUAACGGUAGACGCCGGCCAAGACAGAGACCUCGUUGCGAAGGAAAUCUGGAACCAUCGUCACGACCAAGGAACCAAGAGAGAGGGAAACAAGCAGUGCUUGAGACAGAAGAGAGUGAGAGAUAUUGCAGAUGGAGAAACCUGGUGUAAAAGAGCGUGAUCGUAUGGCCAUGUGUUAGGGAGCCAGAAAAAAUACUGGAGACGUAUCGUGAAACCCCCUAACCGUGUCCGAAUAUAAAAGGGAGUGGUGGUGUAGAUCAAGGUCGCCAAAGUAUACGUCAGGCGCUUGAGGUGAUCCUAGAGACUAUGACAGCGAGUGCGAUCAAUAUUCCCCAACGCCACUUCUCCCAGACAAUUUGACGCCACCCUACUCCCCAGCCUCUGCUCGUGUCCGCUACGCCAGGCGUAGCAGUAGGCGGGAUCCCAUUCAGCUUUGUCGCCUUCUUUCCGCGCGCAACAAUGCCAGCAUUCUUUGGAAUCGGUGUUGCUGGAGAUGCCGGUGCUGCUUGAAUAGACGCCGGAGAUGGUCCCGCAGUUGGUGUUGAUGAUAUCAAGGGUUCGACAAGUGGUAGGUCUGGUUUGCCUCGCUCUUUCU